GGUCUGAAUGCAAUUGCUCUAAGCUACCUUAUCACCCUGCCCUUCCCGUCUGUCCUCUAUUCCCGAUCGUCCUUUGGAAAUAUAUGAUGGCCAAGGUCCUGGAGAUUGAAUUACACCUCUGCACGUGAUGGCACUUCAAGACAGAUGUGUGCAUCUGUGAUCAUCUGUCAGGACCCAACUUAAGGUCACAGCACAGGAAGCUAUUCUGACAACACACCGAGGCACAUUUCAAAGAAGAUGUUGAGAACCGCUGCUCUAAAUUGGGAGAAAGGAUGUGAGGAACCUUCUGUGCCCUCCUUUCUCAGGCCCACGGAGCAGGAGUGGAUGUACCCCUGUCUGCACAGCUGGGUCAACUCUGUGAGCAUGCACGAGCUCAGCCCUUUGGGCUCUGACCACUAGCCAGUGACCCAGAAGGCCCCCCAGGUGGACCGAAGCAUGAUCUCCAUCAGCGAGUGGCAGAAGCUUGGCGUGGGCAUCACCGGCUUCGGCAUCUUCUUCAUCCUCUUUGGAAUACUCCUGUACUUUGAUUCGGUGCUCCUGGCUUUUGGAAACCUGCUGUUCCUGAGUGGCCUCUCCUUCAUCAUCGGGCUGAGGAGGACGUUUUCCUUCUUCUUCCAGCGGCACAAGCUCAAGGGGACCAGCUUCUUCCUGGGGGGUGUGGUCAUUGUGCUCCUGCGCUGGCCCCUGCUGGGCAUGUUCCUGGAAUCCUAUGGCUUCUUUAGCCUCUUCAAGGGCUUUUUCCCCAUGGCGUUUGGCUUUCUGGGAACCACCUUCGACAUCCCCUUCCUGAGUGCGCUGUUCCGGAGGCUUCAAGGGACCAGCUCAAUGGUCUGAACCACAGAGAUGAGCUCUUUGCAAUUGGAUCGCUCAUUGAGGGGGCUGGAAGGGAGAUGGGGGCUGCCUCUCAGGCCCCCACCCAGCACUGACUCACUCCCUGUCAUACGGGGCCUCUUCACAUCCACAAGGAAGGACGGAACUGAGUGACUGACCUCAAUCCCCAAGCAGACUCAAGAGGCUGCCAGACUCUUGGGAGCAGAGAUCUCGGCCCCAUGGAGACUGGACUGGGGCUGGCAUCCCAGCCUCACCCUGUAUUUAAAAGUGAAGAUUAAAUCCUCUAGCUCUGAGUGAGUCUGA